AUGGUAUGUGCAUGCACUCGGAGGAAGAAGAAAGCGGAAUAAAAGGGAGGAAUUGGGAAGCGAUGAUUGGUUUUUUGGAGUAAUUGAUCACUAACAUUUGCAAUUAGACCUCGAUUGGAACUGGAUACGAUUUAUCAAAUAGUGUUUUCUCACCAGGUAUGUAUUUAUAAAAGUCACCCAUCAGAAACGUCAUCUUGUUUUUUGUGACAAUGCCGGACUGAGAUUACUAACAGUUGAAUUUUUGAAAGAUGGGAGAAAUUUCCAAGUCGAGUAUGCUAUGAAAGCAGUCGAGAAUGGCGGCACAUCAAUUGGAAUCAAAUGCAAGGACGGCGUUGUGUUGGCCGUGGAGAAGAUAAUAAACUCGAAACUAUUGGUGCCGGGCAAGAACAAGCGGAUCCAAACGGUUGACCGCCACAUUGGCGUGGUUUACUCAGGGCUACUCCCCGAUGGACGCCAUUUCGUGAACAGAUGUCGAGAAGAAGCUCAAUCUUUCAAAUCGGUGUUCAAGGUGCCCGUGCCAGUGCCCAAUUUGAUGGACAGAAUGGGCAUCUAUGUCCAGAACUACACCUGCUACAACUCGGUGAGGCCAUUUGGCGUUGUUUCGAUAGUGGGAGGUGUCGACGACGACGGUCCGCAUUUGUACAUGAUCGAGCCCAGCGGAACGUGUUGGGGCUACAGCGGAGCCGCCACCGGGAAAGGACGCCAAAUUGCAAAAUCAGAGUUGGAAAAAUUGAAUUUCGAAGAGAUCACUUGUGCGGAAGCCGUCAAGGUUGCUGCUAAAAUAAUAAGCCUUGCUCACGAGGACAACAAGGACAAGGACUAUGAGUUGGAGAUUUCCUGGAUAAGUAAAGAGCACACUGGGAAUAGGCAUCAAUUUGUGCCCGACGAUGUAGUGUUGGAAGCAAGAAAACAGGCCGAGGAGGACGACGACGAGGAAGAUGACGAUGAUAACGACGAAGAGAUGGCAAGCUAG